AAAGGCUUCUAAAAAAUUCAUCAAAGUUAAUAGCAAAACAAAAACACCAGAGCACUUCACUUGCUGAUGACAAUGGGCCUGGGCGACUCCGAGCAGCACCGUAAACCUACAUAUUCCGGCACGGGUCCUCUUUCUAGGCGACGAUCAUGGUGCUGCUCUUUCGCCGUACCGCCGGCGAGUCCUGAUGUUCGUUCAAUUUCAUCUCGUAACCACAUACAAGCCAAGACCCAGACCCAGCCGCCGCAGCAUCGGAGGACCAAACCGGUACCUUGCUCACCGCAAAGCUCUAGAUCUGCUUUAAUCGACCCUCGUCGGAUCUUAUCUCCGGGUCGUGUUUCUCCCAUAGAUUCAGAUCUCAACAUCAACCCUAUGCAAGAGACUAGUCAUGAAGAAGAAGUGGUUGUAGAUUCGUUACCAAAUCUUCGUUCAGAAAGUUUCCGAGCACCUAAGAUCGAGACAAGUGUCUCAGAUUCGGCUAGGGUGAGUCUGAACGGUGGAGUUUUGGUGCUGGAGCUUAGCUCGGAGGUUCUAUCAGCCAACUCGGAUGUGUUCGCUGCUGCUUUGAUUGCUGCUGACAAGUCUUCUUCACCUUUGCAAGUCUCUGAUGUGGAGAAUCUUGGCGUUUUUAAGGAAACUCUACAACUCAUGUUUGAGGAACGCAAUGGCAACGGCAUUAUCAAGAAGCUCAUGAAAAUGGGUGUUUACAGAGCCAUUGAUGUACUCGAGGUAGCCGCUGGAAUCAAAUUCUCUAGAGCCGUCUUUUCGUGCCUGGAGUAUCUCCGAGCUGUUCCGUGGACAGAGGACGAAGAGGAAAGACUGAGGAGAGUUCUUGCAGUUCAUAACUUGGAUGAUGCUGAAAUUUUGGCAAGGUUUAAUUCUAACGAGACAGAGAACAACACACAAGAGAGCUUAUCGAAGCAGCUUGUUUGGUCAAUAACCUCUUGCAGCCAUACAAAUCCUCCUAGAAACGAGCUCAAAUCUCUGGUGAAAGGUAUUCUUUGCAAAAGUUCAGUGUACGAAAAAGAACAGCCUGAAAUCAACAAGGAAGAGAUAUAUAAAGCAGGCAAGUACUGUGUGGAUUCACUUGUUAAACUGUUUGGAAAGGGAAGUAGUAACAAGAGCGGAAAGCCAUUGGUUGAAGGUAUAUCGAGGGAAGUGGAGAACAUUAAUUGGCUGUUGGAAAUCAUGAUAGACCGGGAGAUAGCAGAGGAAUUCGUGGAGAUAUGGGGGAAGCAAAGAACGCUAGUGGAGAUGCAUGAGGAAGCGUCGCCGAUGGUGAGGUACGAAUUAAGCAGAGUAACAGGGUUAAUGUUUAUUGCAAUGGGGAAAAGGAGAGUGCAGUGCGGAGGAGAAGCAAGAGCGGGGCUUGUAGAUAUGUGGUUCAGGCCAAUGUUGCUAGAUUUCGGGUGGCUGCAAAGGUGCAAGAAGGGAUUAGACAUGAGGGAAGUGGAAGAAGGGAUGGGGCAGACGCUCUUAACACUGCCAUCCAAGCUUCAGUAUCAAGUGUUCAUGGAAUGGUUCAGGUGGUUCUCUAAGCACGGGACUGAGUGUCCUAAUCUCAGUAAAUCAUUUCAGAUUUGGUGGCGCAGGUCUUUCCUUAGAGGUGUUGAUUCUUCUUCUACUUGUAGGUGAGACAAAAGUGUUUAAGAGACACUGUUAGGGUGAUAGCUUAUGUAACUUUUUUCUCCUCUUGUAUGUUGUUUCCACUUUGCUAUGUUUGCAUCGAAGCUA